CUGUGAGACUGAAUUACUUUAUGAUCGAGAAAAGCAAUAUUCAUAAGCGAUAAUGGCGACGGACUUCAAGGACAAGGUUAUAAUUAUUACGGGCGCUAGUUCGGGCAUCGGUGCAGGUGCUGCCAUUCACAUGGCUGGCUUAGGGGGUCAACUCGUCAUAGUAGGACGCAAUGCGGAUAAUUUGCAGCAAACUGCUGAUAAAAUUGUCGAAGCUGGAGGAGAACAGCCAUUGCAGAUACAGGCGGACAUGACACAGGAGUCCGACGUUGCUAAGAUUGUGCCGGCCACAUUGGAAAAGUUCGGAAAGAUAAAUAUACUGGUCAAUAAUGCUGGCAUUCUGGAGACGGGCUCGAUUGAGACUACGGAAUUAUCCCAAUACGAUCGGUUAAUGCUUACCAAUGUGCGUUCCAUCUAUCAGCUAACGAUGCUGGCCACACCGGAAUUGAUCAAGACGAAGGGCAGCAUUGUGAAUGUGUCCAGCGUUUGUGGCCUGCGCGCAUUUCCAGGCGUGCUUGCCUACAAUGUAUCCAAGGCGGCUGUAGACCAGUUCACCCGUUGUAUCGCUCUAGAGUUGGCCCCAAAGGGUGUACGCGCCAAUUCGGUUAAUCCGGGCGUGAUUGUCACUGAAAUACACAAGCGUGGUGGCAUGGAUGAGGAAACUUAUAACAAGUUCCUUCAACACUGCAAGUCAACCCACGCCUUGGGACGACCCGGAGAUGUGCUGGAAGUAGCUUCGGCCAUUGCCUAUCUAGCCAGCGAAGCAGCUAGCUUCACCACCGGCGUCAAUUUGCCCGUGGAUGGUGGUCGCCAUGCCAUGUGUCCGCGUUAGGCAUAUAUUUAUAUACAUAUGUAUCCAUGUACAUAUCAAUCGCUUCAAUGCAUUUAAUAAAAUUAAUAAACGAAUUGUAAAAAGUGGA